UCACGCUCUAUACAGUGUAUGUGUGUGUAUGUACUGUGUAUUUGUCUGGACGGCGAAUUUAGCUAACGGUAUUUCUUUUUUUAUACGAAUUUCUACCUUUAUCAGUAAUUUGUCGGCUCUGUUUUCUUAUAUGAAGACGCUGUGGAGAUAAAGUGAUUAGGACUCAGCGACAGUAGUGCGUAGACUGCACGCGGACUGUCAUCUCGAGAAGCUACUGUGAGCGACGCGUAUCUUCAUCGGGCAAAUAUAGUUGACGUCAGAUGGUUCGCGAAUACAGUUGCGCGUGAUAAUUAAACUGCGAUAAGAUUGAAUUGACUGGAUCCCGUUUUUCGUGCAUAAGGAUUGUGAAUGUAGCGCUCUGUGUAAAGAGGCAUGCAUUUUCUGGAGUAUUUUGGAAAGAUGUAAGCAUGAUAUUUCUUCUAUUGGUCUUGAGGAACACUUUAUGAGCUUUUUCCAUUGUUGAUUUGAAGAACCAGAUAGCUUUUGUAGUGCACCAUGGAACUCUUUUGGAUUGCUUUCUUCAUUUUUGACAUGAUUUUCAUGACAGACUGUGCCAGAGGUCCCCCACGUGUUGCAGAGAAGGUAGCCCACCGGCAGACUGUGAGGAUUGGACGCACCAUGAAACUUCAGUGUCCUGUGGAGGGGGACCCACCGCCCCUCAUCAUGUGGACCAAAGAUGGAAGAAACAUCCACAGUGGUUGGAUGCGCUUCAGAGUUCUCCAGCAAGCCCUGCGUAUCAAAGAGGUGGAGGCAGAGGACGCUGGAACUUUCAUUUGUAAAGCCACAAAUGGCUUCGGCAGCAUCAACAUUAACUACACCCUUAUCGUCAUCGAUGACACUGGGAGCGCUGGGAGGGAAGGUGCUAGACCAGCUGGCGAAACCGAGUACUCCACUGACCUGACGGGUAAACUGGUGCGGCCCCGUUUCACACAGCCGGCCAAAAUGAGGAAGCGUGUGAUUGCCCGGCCGGUGGGCAGUUCAGUCCGGCUCAAGUGCACCGCCAGCGGUAAUCCCAGACCUGAUAUUGUCUGGCUAAAGGACAGCAGACCUCUGACACCUGAGGAGGUGGGCGAGGGGCGCAAGAAGAAGUGGACCCUAAGCCUGAAGAACCUUACACCAGAACACAGCGGUAAAUACACCUGCCACGUGUCCAACCGCGCCGGGGAGAUCAACGCCACCUAUAAAGUGGAAGUCAUCCAGCGUACAAAUUCCAAGCCCAUCUUAACGGGCACUCAUCCAGUUAACACUACAGUAGACUAUGGUGGUACCACGUCUUUCCAGUGCAAAGUGCGUAGUGAUGUCAAGCCAGUUAUCCAAUGGUUAAAGAGGGUCGAACCCGGCGAUGAGAGCAAGUACAACUCCACCAUUGAGGUUGGGGACCAUCGCUUCAUUGUGUUGCCCACGGGUGAAGUGUGGUCACGUCCAGAUGGCUCUUAUCUGAACAAGCUUCUUAUCACCCGGGCCAAGGAGGAGGAUGCUGGCAUGUAUAUCUGCCUAGGGGCCAAUACCAUGGGCUACAGCUUCCGCAGUGCCUUCCUUACUGUGCUACCUGACCCAAAGCCACCAUUUUCACCAAUCCCUUCUGUGCUGCCCCCAAGUCUUCCCUGGCCUGUCAUUAUCGGCAUCCCUGCAGGAAUUGUCUUCAUCCUGGGUACCAUCCUCCUGUGGUUCUGCCAGUCCAGGAAGCACUGUUCCUCAGGAGUCAUAAUCUCAGCGCAGACCUUACCCAAUGGCCACCGGCAACCGCCCAGAGACCGAACCCUACCGCCUGAUGAUAAAGACUGCAUGGGCUCCGUCACCUAUGAGGAAUAUCUGGCCCAGCAGCAACAACAGCAGCUUCUGCUUGCCCAGUCUGCUCCUAAAGUCUACCCAAAGAUUUACUCAGACAUUCAUACACACACCCACUCGCACGUGGAUGGCAAAGUUCACCAGCACCAACACAUCCACUACCAGUGUUAGCCCCUGUUUU